GUUCAUACUCCAUAGUUUAGUUGUCCGUUGGUUUUUGGUCGUUAUUUUGUGACAUUUCCACAACAUUCCAAUUCGAUAGGGAUUAUUAAAAUUGCUUUUAAGUUUGAACGAGACGAAAAUGUCGUACAAAAGAGCCACAGUGGAGGACUUCAUAAAAAUAGAAAAAAUAGGAGAAGGAACUUAUGGAGUCGUUUAUAAAGGGAAAAAUAAGAAAACUGGCGAAUUGGUAGCUAUGAAAAAGAUAAGAUUAGAAUCCGAAGAUGAAGGAGUCCCCUCGACUGCAGUUAGGGAAAUAUCCCUACUGAAAGAACUGAAACACAGGAACAUCGUAUCCCUCGAGAAUGUACUAAUGGAGGAACAAAAGCUCUACCUGAUAUUCGAGUUCCUCUCGAUGGACCUGAAAAAGUACUUGGACAAAAUCGAAGACGGCAAGUACAUGGACCCCAAGCUGGUCAAGAGCUACAUGCACCAGUUGAACGAGGCCAUAUUGUUCUGCCACCAACGGCGCGUCCUCCACAGGGAUUUGAAACCCCAAAAUCUACUCAUCACCCGAGACGGUACCAUUAAGAUAGCGGAUUUCGGAUUGGGGCGAGCCUUCGGGGUACCGGUGAGAGUGUACACCCACGAAGUGGUUACUCUGUGGUACAGGGCGCCCGAGAUUCUGCUCGGUUCCGAGAGGUACUCGUGUCCCGUUGACAUUUGGUCGUUGGGCUGCAUAUUCGCCGAAAUGGCCACCAAACGGCCGCUGUUUCAAGGCGAUUCCGAGAUCGAUCAGCUCUUCAGAAUAUUCAGGAUUUUGAAGACUCCUACGGACGAGUUUUGGCCGGGCGUUUCGAAGCUCCAAAACUACAGGGCCUCGUUUCCGAAAUGGACGAAUUUGAAUCUCUCGAAUCAGGUGAAGAAUUUGGACGAUGACGGUUUGGAUUUGUUGAGAGAAAUGCUGGUGUACAAUCCGGCGAAGAGGAUCUCCGCGAAACGGAUAGUGUCCCAUCCGUAUUUUGAAAAUGUCGACCUUUCUAUUAAACCGGUAUUCGUGGAAAAGGAGAAGCAUUGAGACAGCUUUUUUUUAUGAGCGGUGGCUGUUUUAGGAAUAUCGGUGUAUUUAGAGGCAUUUGUUGUGUUCUGUUUAAUUCUUUUAUCUUGUAAAUAUUUUAGGUGAAUAUUCAUAAUAAUACAUACAGGGUGUUUUGUAGGUUUAGUACUUAUUUUACUAAUGCAGUGGUUAAAGUAUUGCAUUUUACCUACAAAAUACCCUGUAUAAUAGUAACUAAGCACUUUCGUUCAUUGGAAUUUUUCACUAAUACACAUACUCGAAUAUUUAUAAAGUUUC